AUGCUACGCUCGUGCUGCUCAAUCAGUAAACGUUCAAAACGCGAAGAGCAGUAUUAUGUGAAGAAUGACGAUUGCGGGAGAUAUUCGUGGGAUAAAGAAAAACCCGAUCCAGCAAAUUAUCAUUUCGUCAAUCUUUAUGAUGAAAUUGCAAUUAAAUCAGAUGGUCAAAUUGCGGGAGAGCAAUUCACUGUCGAGAAAUGCAAAGGAUGUUCCAUACUGUUGCUUGAUCAUCUGGCCACGGUAAAUAUUGAUGAUUGUGAGGAGUGCCUCAUUGUUACUGGCCCUUGCAAUGGAAGUUUGUUUAUCCGAGACUGCAAGAAUACCACAUUGUUUACUAUUUGUCAGCAAUUCCGAAGUCGAGACUGCAUUAACACUGAUGUAUUUCUGUUUUGCACCACAAAACCGAUCAUCGAAUCAAGUAAAUUGAUGCGAUUUCGAUCGCUUACUCUUUAUUAUAACAAACUUGAAGAGCAUUUGAUGAAGUCAUCACUAAGCCCGUUCAUUAAUCAGUGGAAUAGUAUACACGAUUUUACACCCGAAGAUGUUCCUAAUUUUGAAAUUUGUUUAACAGAAUACGAUAAAAUUAAUAAGAUUGAUAUGGUUAAAAAUAUCGACAGCGUUAAAUUUAUUCCUGAAUUAUCAAUUCUUCCCUUAUAUAAUCUUGCAAACAAAGUCACCGGCAAGAAAGUGCUCAUUUUGUGUAUGAAGCGAGAUAGCGAAGAUUUAAUUUCAUUUUAUCGUCGUAUAUUGGAAUUUUUGAAAGAGAUAUUAGCGCAAGGUGCAAAGCUUAUCACAACUAGAGAUAUGCAAGGACGGAUAGGCGAUUAUCUUGACAGUAGACUGGUAACACUGGAAAUAGCAUGGAAUCGAGAAAAAAUUGAGGAAAGUGUCCGGAUGAUAAGCGAUAUGGUGGAAGUUGUAGAAGAUGGUGAUUUCGAGCAUCAUCGAGCCAGUCUAUAUCAGUUUGGUGCCAUAAUAGAAAAUAAAUUCUGUGAAGGAAUGCUUGGCCUUGGCCAUAGCCGAGAAUUGCUAUCUUUUGGCUUAUUUGCGAAUGGCUGGAAAUAUGGGGAAGUGAAGGGAAAGUUUAAUUUAGAAGGAGGAAAAGAAGAGAGAGGUGGGAAGGAUUGCUCCAAUGGACAGCUGCAGAGCCGUGUGUAA